ACGAUGAAUCAUGCAAAAGACAAUAUUUAUUUGAUUUAUUUAUCACUUAAAUUAUUAUGAAGACAGCACAGCCAAAGAAUUGUUUUGUAUAAACAUGUCAAUUGAAUUUUAAAUAAGUUGGAAUCAUCGAUAUAUGGAUGUUGAUAUUUUUUUCUUCUGGGAAUAAUAUAUAUGCAAGUGUCGAGGUGACUUCCAUUGUCUUCAUAAUUAAUGUAAUGCACAUACUCCUUUUAGCAUUACAACAACACCUAUAUUUUGUUUUUUGUUUUUUUAUUCUUCAAACUUUUUUCUUCGUAUUCUUCGUGUUCUUAUCUUGAAUCUUGAUCGAAAGACUUUAUUUCAAAUCGCGGCAAGUUUUGAUCGAGAAAAGCUUCUUUUUGUUUCAUUUUUUGAUCAAGAUGGGUUGUAACCAAGAAAUGGUUUACAAUCUAAAAAUUAGAGAAUUUGGUGGUUCACAACAACCAUGGCAAGUUGCUAUUUUACCAUCAGAAAUCAUUAACCAGCAAGAACCAGAAGAUCAACCGCAACAACAACAACAUCAUCAACAACAACAACAACAGCAACAACGGAUGAUAUGUUACCGACAACAAACUCCAUCUUGUAGUAAAACAAUCAUGGAACAAAUUGGAUCACCAGCUUCUGCACUUUUAGCGACGGAAAGAUAUUUAGGGUUUUCUCAAAAUGGUGUUCAUAGAUCUUUUAAUGAAGAAACAGAUGUUUCUUCUGCACCCCAGACGAAAUCUAGUUAUUUUAUGCACCCCAAUAUUGAAACUAGGUACUUCAGUUCUUAUGAUAGAUCAUCAUACAAGAUGACGGUCGUUAAUCAAUCUGAAAAAGAUCAGAUUAGGGAGCUAAAGAGAAAAUUACUUGAAGAAUCUGAUGUUUCUGAUUGGAGACAAUCACCACCCGCUAUUUGUUACAAUGGAAAUCCGGAUCCUGUUGCACAAUUAGGUCAUUCUAGACCACCUUCGGCUCCACUUUCGUUUAACAAUACAAAUCCUGUUAGUGUUGUCCCGAGUAAAACACGAAUCAGAUGGACUCAAGAUCUCCAUGAUCGGUUUGUGGAGUGUGUGAAUUGCUUAGGCGGUGCUGAAAAGGCGACGCCAAAGGCGAUACUGAAACUGAUGGACUCAGAAGGGUUAACAAUUUUUCAUGUGAAAAGUCAUUUACAGAAAUAUAGAAUAGCAAAAUACUUACCAGAAUCUGCAAAAGGAAAUUCUGAGAAGAGAACUAGUAUCGAUACCAUGUCACAAAUCGAAAAUAUAACAGGCAUGCAAUUUAAGGAUGCACUACAAAUGCAACUUGCUGUACAAAGGCAACUUCAUGAACAAUUAGAGAUUCAAAGGAGCUUACAAAUGAGAAUAGAAGAACAAGCGAAGCAACUAAAGAGGUUGUUUGAUCAACAUCAACCACCGAAAGCUAACAAGUCAUCUUCACCCAAUGAUUGCCAUCACUCCAUGAAUCUCGAUGAUGAUGAGAUUUUGAAUUUAGAAGAUGAUACUGAAAGCGCUCUUUUCCCUUCGAAAAUAAGCUAGAUCGAUUUCCAUUAAGAAAACUCUACCGUUUGAUGAAAUAUCCAUUUGUGUUCAAGAGUUAUGGGAAAUGCAUCAUUCCCAUUUAGAUGAUCAAGAAAUGGAAAGGUUGUAGAUGAUCAGACAAGAGCUUUUUGUGAAUGGACUACUUAAUCUUGAAUGUAAAAUGUGUGUGUUUAUACUUGAUGACUAUAUAUUGUUAUCUUGUGUACAAAUAAGAUAUGACAAUCAAUAUGUAGGAACUAGGUUCACUUUUUAUAAAA